AUGGAGGGAGCAGAGAUUCCCCCUGACGUAAAGAGCGGUUGGGGGAUUUAUAUACUUGCAUCUCAACGAGUGAAUGUUUUGCUUUUGGUCGCCAUUUGGUUGUGGCAGUGGAUGUUGAAACUUCUGUCGUCGUGCCAAUUGGAUGUCUCAACCGUGAUACAGUCCAGGAAGCCCAAUGAGAUGGUCCUGCCGUUGUCGCAUGCGCAGAUGCAGAGGCUCUCCAGGCAAUUUGCGGUAAGAUUAUCGCGGAUCAUCGUGCCCUUGCAGCUGAUCGGUCUGUUGUGUCAGAGCUGGGCUGAAGCGACUGAACGAAGCAGUAACUUGGCUCAGUUCGCGAUCCUACUGUUGCCUCUGAUACAGUUCGUCAUCAUCGUCGGCUCAAUAAGCCGCAAUUGCCAAAUCAUUAAUUACUGCAUCAAGAGAAUACUGCUGAUUGAGACGAGUCCAAGACCGAUGAGGAACGUGUACAUCUUACUGUCGGACACGCUAACCUCAUUUACUAAGCCCCUGAUCGAUUUUACACUAUACCUGACCACUCUUUUCCUCUCUAAGGACGUAUUGUGGACCCAUUGUGAUUUAUUGAUCUCGUUAUUCCCGCUAAAUAUAAGAAUAUGGCAAUGCUUUAGAGAAUUCUACCUCGGCAGGGAUAAGUCGCUGCUGGUCAACGCGUUGAAAUAUAUCUCCAGCAUACCGAUCAUGGUGUGCGUUUGGCAUAGCAGAGUGGACCCUGAGAAACACAACUCCAACGUGGUCCAUUGGUUCCAAUGCCUCAAUUCCUGCUUCACGCUUGUGUGGGACGUCAGGAUGGAUUGGAAGAUCAAUUCGCUGAGACGGAUAAGGAAGAAUCACAAGACCUCCCAAAAUGUCAUAUUCCCUAAAUUCGUAUACUACAUGGGUGUUCUUUUUGACUUUUCUAUAAAGUUCUGGUGGAUUUGGACGCUAAAAAGACCGGACCAUACGAUUCUUUUCGCAAGCGAGUUGCAAUACUUGGAAAUCCUCAGGAGAUCAGUCUGGGUCAUAUUCAAACUAGAAUCCGAAUAUGUAACGAUAAGAAACUUAGCUACCGAAAAAUAA